AUGUCAAAGUCUGCUGACACGCUGCAGUUUAACCACUGUCUACAAGAAUUUAUGACAGACAGAAAACACGGCCUGAACUGGGAGAAGCAGUCGGCAAAACUUCCAGUGCUGCAGCAACAUCUGCCCUGGGCCACGCUGCUCCGUGGAGGCGACUGCGAGGACGGCACCCGGCCGGGAAGGGGCCAGGCGCUGCGGGCGGCCCGGCACGACCGGUCCCUGCCCUCGCGCCAGCACGCCACGCGCCAGGCCGCCCGCCUUAUCCGUGCGCACCCGCAGCACCACGUCGUUGUCUGUGUGUACAGCCUGGGGAAGGAGACGCUGCUGGUGGACCUGGCCGUGGAGUUCAGCACCUGGGUUGUGGUGAGCCCCUGGCGCCUGGAGCAGAUGCGGCUGCUGGAGCUGCCCGAUGUGUUCACCACUGAGGAGGGGGCCGGCUGGAUCCGUGCCGUGGAUGUUGCCGAGAUCCGCUGGGAUACCCUGGUCAGCUGGAACAUGUUGCACCCUACCAUUGCCAUUGUCCCUACUGGCAGGCCUGUGAAGGCCACCCACCCCAACAUCCACCCCAUUCCGUACUCGGAUCACUCAUCCUUUUCAGAGCUGUGCGAGUUUGUGAAGUGGCUGAAGCCUUGCUCGGUCAUUCCAAUCGUGAGGGGCAGCAUGUGCCAGGCUUACUUUCAGAAAUAUCUAAGUUCUGCCCCCCAGGCACUUCCUGACCUCGAAAUCCCAAAGCCUGUGCAAGAGUCUGUACAGCAGCCAAGCAAGAGGAAGGGGCGGGAACCCAUGUGUCUCUUGAAAAGAGCUGCUCAGCAUUCUGUGCCCCGAGGAGUUGUUUAUGAGUCCCCCGGUUGCACUUCUUGUCACACGGACAAGGAGAAAGGGAAGGAAGAGCAGAGUGGUGAACAGCCAGGAGCAGCAAGAGCUGCUAGCGCUGUUUGCCAGGCAGCUGCUUCUGAUGAGCACUUUCCGACUGGAUUUGCAGAGCAGUUUUUACUCACUCCCUUAAAUGUCCUGAAGCAGAAUUCCUCACAGAAAUUUGACAAGCUGGUAGAAGAUUUCUUUAGGAGGGGAGAAGCGUCCUGA